GCGUGUGUGUAUGCACUAUGCGCGCGCGUGUGUGUGUGUGUAAAGGAUAACAACACCGACGUCGUCGUACGUACAUGUUUGUUUGGCCGUAGCCGUUUGUUUAUCUGCGAACUCGUGCGCGUACAAACUGUUUGUGGCGUUUGUGCGUUCGUUGUCCGACACAGCACAGUCGAAGUAGUCCCGCUCGUUCAGCGUCAUUCGCACGCCAAUACUGUCCGAGCGCUCCUCCAAACAUUAUACCGGCCGGCGGCUACGAUAGCGGUGGUGGCGGCGGCGGCGGCGGCGGUGGCGGCGGUGGUGGUGGUUUACGGUACGCGACAAUAAGAUGCCCUAAGCGGCGUCUGCGGCUUGUUGCGGCCAGAGUAAGGAUUUUCGAAAUCGACCCAGCCAACGGCGACAACCGUCCGACGUGGGAAUAGUUCCCGUUCGGGACGGAAGAAAGCGAUUUCGUGUGUUGACCAACAGUCAAACAGAUCGUCAUCGUUAGCUCGUCACGACCAUCGCCGUUCUCAUGGCGACCAUCAACAGUGGCAGCAACAACAGCAACAGCACUAGUGCCGGCGGCAGCAACAUGUACCGCGUCGGAGAUUAUGUGUACUUUGAAGCUCAACAGCAGCAACAACAGCAGCAGCAGCAACAACAGCAACAGCCAUUCCAAAUACGUAGAAUAGAAGAGCUCAAUAAGACUGCGGGUGGUAAUGUUGAAGCUAAAGUCAUGUGUUUCUAUAGGAGACGAGAUCUCCCAGCUCAACUUGUCGCCCUAGCUGAUAAACACCAACAGCAUCAGCAGCAGCAGCAACUGUCAUUGACAUUAUCAUUAUCUCCUGGUGGAAAUAGCGCUAUUAAAGGAGCUGGUAAAGUCAAAUCUUCUUCAGCUAGUGAUAAAGACGCUAGUGCGGACAAGAAAGAACAAGACUCCAAUGCUAGUGGGGUUCUACCAGUUGUGAAAAAAGAACAGCAGAGCGAAGAACUAUCUGCCAGUAAAAUAGAAACAUCUGAAGUUAGCGAAAGCGUGAAAGAGGAACAGCAACAACAGCAGGAUGUAGAGAUGUCAGAAGAUGCGGAAACUAAUUCUACUGCAUCUGCCGCUGUUGUCAAAAGUGCAGAUGCUCGAGGAGAUGGUGAUGAGGUUGAAACAAACGAUAAAUCUUCAGAUGUCGUAAAAGAUGAAGAUAAAACAACACAGGGCACACAACCACAACAUGACUGGUGGCGUGGUGAACAGCUUAAACAACGCGAGUUGUUUUUAAGCAGGCAAGUGGAAACAUUGGCAGCCACACAUAUACGUGGAAAGUGCACAGUAACAUUGUAUAAUGAGACUGAGUCAUUGGACAGUUAUUUAGAAAGAGAGGAUACAUUCUUCUAUUGUCUGGUAUUUGAUCCUGUCCAGAAGACAUUGUUGGCCGAUAAGGGAGAAAUCCGUGUUGGUCAUAAAUAUCAGGCUGAGGUGCCGCCAAAAGCACUAUUUACCCGUGACUUAAAUGCAAAAGAUGUAACAGCAACAUCGGUAAAAGGAGAUACAAUUAAAGAAGAAAACAUUACUGAUGGUAAUGGAGAAGAGCCAAUGGUAACAGAAUGUAGUCGAGACGAUGACGAGAGUGAUGAUAAAGAUGUCGAUGCAAAAUCCUCUACUGCAGUGACCACAGUGACAACAAUAGGAACAGUAACAGCAUUGGCAAUGGAAAGUGAUUCUGAACUUGAAACUUUGGUAUGGACAUGCAGGCCACAGUGGAAUCGUUUAACUGAUAGACAGAUAGAUCAGUUUUUGGUCGUUUCUCGAUCACUAGGCACAUUUGCUCGUGCCUUAGAUUGUACCAGUUCAGUGAAACAGCCAUCAUUGCAUAUGUCAGCAGCUGCUGCAUCACGAGACAUCACAUUGUUUCAUGCCAUGGACACACUACAUAGGCAUGGUUAUGAUCUGGGUACUGCCACCUGUUCCUUAGUGCCUAGUACAGGUCCUGUAUUAUGUCGUGAUGAAAUGGAAGAAUGGUCUGCUUCUGAAGCAAAUUUGUUCGAGGAAGCGUUGGAGAAGUAUGGAAAGGACUUUGGUGACAUACGUCAUGAUUUCCUUCCAUGGAAAACGCACAAAAACAUAGUCGAGUACUAUUACAUGUGGAAGACUACAGAUAGGUAUGUGCAACAGAAGCGGGUUAAGGCCGUAGAACAAGAAUCCAAGUUGAAACAAGUGUAUAUACCUUCUUAUAAUGGAACAAUGAGUGGUGGAAAACAGCAGGCUAUUACAUCGGGUGUAUCAUUAAAAUCAUCGCAACAGCAGCUCGUAAAUGGUAACUCAGCUGUGGAACUGUUUUCUCCAAAAAACAGCGGUGGAUUAUCUUUAGCAGGGGAGGGUCCAUUACAACCUGGAUUGUGUGAUCUAUGUGACGCUGUGUCAUCACAACAAUGGUAUCCAAAUACCAUAGGAACCACAACCGGAACAAGCUCAAUAUCUUAUCAUCAGCAAAACGGAGGAUUGUCUUCAGUAUCAUCAUUAUGCCAUGAAUGCUGGACUCAUUGGAAAAAAUAUGGAGGUCCAAGAACUGCUACUUCUGAUAAAAAAGUUAUUGCAGCAGCAAGAGGAGGGAGCUUGUCUGGCGACGAAGAUCGUCCACACUCAAAUGCGUCAUCUAGUUCUUUAGCAGCAGCAAUGAAUCUGAAUGUAUCAGCUAGUGGUGGAAGAUCCUCAUCACACGGAUCCACUAUAUCGACUCCGCCCCAUCAUCACCAUCACCUUAUGCACCUUGGUGGUAGUGGAAGUAGUCAUCAUAGUAGUUAUCAUCAUCAGUCGCAACACCACCACCAUCAACAGCUUCACCAUCAACAACAACAGCAACAACAACAACAACAACACCACCAAUCGGCGGCAUCUUCACCUGGUGGUGGUGGUGUAUUAUUACAUCAACCACAUAUUAACUCGUCUGGAUCAACAACAACUGCUCAUAGGUGCACUAUUAUAGGAUGCCAAGCUGCUCCAUUCAAGAGCAAGUCUCAGUUGCUACGGCAUUACAGUACUGCACAUGGCAUCGGGAUAAAUUCUAACAGCAGCAGUAGUUCUAGUGCCAUCAUUACGUCAAUUGGUGGUAGCAGUAGAUCUUCUGGUAGUGGUGGUCUUGAUGGUGGUGGAAGUGGAAAAUUAUCACCACAGCCGCCACAGCAAAGCAUUUCUAAUGCAGGACUUCUCCACCACAAUUCCGGAGGACCUUUAAACUUGAACAGCAGCAAUUCACACUCCAUUAGUAGUAGUUCUGCCAAUCAAGUAAUUAAUCUCAUUGCAUCAUCAUCUUCGCCACAACAGCAGCCCAACAACCUAUCUACAAGUGGUGGAGGCAUAACAACAAAUACAGUUAUUGGAGCAGGAGGAGUAGCUACUGCCACCGGUAGACCGGUUAUGAAGACAAGAACAGCAUUUUAUUUGAGAUGCACAUCAUUGGCAAAAGCUAGUAGGCGUCGGGCUGCGCAACAAGCAGCUGCUGCACUAUUACAACAACAGCACCAUCAGAAAAAAGCUUCGUCUAGUGGAUCAACAGCAUCAGUGUUAUCCCCCAUAACUUCAGCUAUGGUACAACCUGGAUGCCUUGCCCGUCCUAGGAAUGUUGCUCGAAGACCAUUUGUAUGCAUUCCACAAACAGCACACUCUUAUAAACACGAAUGCAUGUUGUCAAUGCAACAUGCUCCAGUCCAUGAACUAAGAGCAUACUUGAGAGCUGCAACAGUAAAAGCACAUGCUCGCCGACCUGGAGUUACUCGAGUAGCUAAUGCAUUAAUAGCUGCUAGGAGAGGCCGUGGUGGAAUGAAUUCAGCAAUUGCUGCUGAUAUAGCUGUGCCAGAUUGGCUUUCUUUGCCAUCUCAGCAGCACCAGCAUCAGUCUUCUCAUCAUCAUGUUUCGUCUUCAUCAAAACAUGGCAAACAUUCUUCAAGAUCAUCAACGGGUGGACGCGUUGCAUUUCCCAAGCCACCAAAGGCACCUGAUGGAAGUUUGCUUUAUGAACGAGUGCCAAAUAAACAAGAAGCUGCCGCAGCAGCGGCAGCUGCUGCUUCCGCAUUAAGCAACCCAUCUGCAUCUGCAGCUGCAGCAGCAGCAGCAGCUGCUGCAGCAGUUGGACUGAAUCCGGCUGCAGCAGCCGCUAUACUUGGAGCUUUGGGCCCUCCUGGAUCGGCUAAUAGUGGUAAUUCUGCAGGGGCCUCUGGUUCAUCAAAUGAUCAAUCGGCUUCGGGGUUUGACGUAGCAGCUGCGGCUGCUGCUCUCUACCAACAACAGCAACAGCAACAACAACUACAACAAGGCUCUUCGUCGUCAAGCAAUAAAAGGCGGUUAUAUGAAACAGAUAGUGCAUCUAUACAACAGCAACCACAACCACAAGCUGGACCACCAUCAAAACGUAUGCAUCGGCAGCAACAUCACUCACAACAGCAGCAGCAACAACAGCAAUCUACCGGUCACCAUCACCACAGCCAACAGCACCAACAACCUACAUCAACGUCACAGGGAGGUAGUGGAGCCGGUGGUGGUGCCGUAGACGGAAUGCUGGCAUCAAUUGUGGCACAUCAACAACAGCAGCAACAACAGCGAGGCGGUACGUCGAGCGGAGGACCUUUACAAUUGACUGCCACUGGAAGUGCUGGUAAAUCCGGUGGCUCGGCAGGCCACCACCAGUCUCAACAACAGCAGCAUCAGCAGCACAAUCAUUACAGGACACCGUCAAUGGCUCGAACCGGUAGAAAGCAUGUCAUAUCGUGGACGGACGCUCCUGACGACCUGUACUAUAGAUGUACCACAUUGUCUAGAUCUUUACGUAAAGCCAGGAUGACUGGUAAGGAACUAAGGCGGUCAGCACGCAAGCCAUGGCAGCCGAUCGCCGCGCUUCUUGGCAUAUCGUUUACAAUGCCAUCCGCUCCUCCGCCGUCGUCGGCUACGCCAUUGGGAACAGCUGGGCCUACGGGAUCACCGGCUCCGCAAACCAGUAAUACAUCCACAAAUCCGUCAUCGAUAGGAUCAGCUGUACCGUUUGAUAUGUCUACCACCGGUGGUGGCGCCAGCAGUAGCAAUAGACAACCGUCCACCAUAACUAAUCAGUCGGCAGCGCCGAUAGUAGCGCCAUGUAUUAGUAGCGCGCUCACAAUGCCGUCACGUUCCAGUGGCGGUGGUAGUAGUCAUCACUAAGUACCACGGUUUUGUGUGGACUUGGGUACUGUUGGUGGCGAACACCACCAGCUGUCUGGUCGAUAAUUUAGAAUUUCAAUUUUUUUCAUCAUCGUACUAUUUUAUUUUUAUACAUUAACAAUAAUCAUAAUAAUUUUAAUCCGAAUCCUUUUUAUAGGUUAAACCUAAAUAUGCUAAAAUUAUUUUUAUUACUAUUAUUAUUACUUUUUUUUUUUUUUUUUUACUAUUAUUUUAUUAUU